AUUAUCCCAAAACCAUUCGCCUUUGCCCCUCUCGUUUUGAACCAUUAGGAACAACGUACAACAGAACAUCCAACACUUCUAUAUCUUUCUCUUUGUUCCUGUUUUUUUUUUUGCCAGUCCUGAUGACGCGUUUUGAUGGCGGCUGAACCUUGAAAUAUUAUUCCUCUCUAGUUUUUCUUUCUUUCAUUCAUUCAUUCCUUUUACUUUUCCUUUUUUUUUUUUUUAUGUUUAGUUUUGUUUCAUAAACUAAAAAACUAAUAAUCCCUACAAAUGUUUUUCGUCUGCUUUCUCUUCUGUUUCGCUCUCUCUUUCCUGUUCUUUUUAUUUUCUUUCUACUAUAAGAAAAGGCUCCAUAAGCAACAACAUCCACAAGACGAACAAGGAAAAUCCCAGAAUGAACCGGCCCUUUCCAACCCUUCUCUCUCCCAUAAAAAUGCCCAAACUCGGGAAAACGAUUCCACCCAUUUUCCCCAUUCGCUUCUGCUAGAGAUCUUGCCUUCUGAUUCUACACAAUGGGCUGAUUUGUUUACAGGUGAAAGCCAUCCUAGGGAAGAAACGAGGCAAGUUGGGUCGGUUCGAGAAGGGGACCUGUUUGAAUCUCAAAGCGCGAAGAAGAAAAAGAAAAGAGGAAAGAAGAAGAGAUUGGAUUCCAAAGGCGAAGAAGAAAAUGAGGAAGACAGAAAGAAAAGGGAAGAACCAGGUCAGAGUUGUUCGGGUUCUCAGGUCAAGCCCCAGCUGGUUUGUUUGUACCCUUUUACAUCAACGAGUAGUGCAACGCAAAGGAAGAUCAAGCAACGAUACGAUCAGCUUGUUAAGUGUCAUGGAAACAAAGGAUUGACAUUAGCUCAGGUUGGAGAAUUUGCUAAUUGCUUGAUUGAGGCCAGAAAUGAUCUGCAACACAAGUCUGAGGUCAUCAAACGUAAGUUUACAAUAACAAACGCUCUGCUAUUUAAAGCGGAGCGAUCUUCAUUUGAUCGCCUGAGGCAGCAGAUAUACAAGCUUGAAAUGGAACAGAAGAGAUUAGAAGAGGAUGCAUUUGUCUAUAAUUGGCUGCAAGAGCAACUUAAACUAUCACCGGCAUACAAGAAGAUGCUUGAAAUUGGUGCUUGCAUGGAGUUAAAGGCCAAGUCUGGUGAGCAGAUGGAAGGUGCAGAUACCGAAAUUUCUGACAUUUCCUUUGAGGAGCUAUUAGCUCAGGAAAAGAAAGAUUCAUUUUGGCAGAAAAAUGGGAAUUUGAGACUAAGCUCAAAUUGAUGACAAUACUUGUUCAGCUAACCCUACUACGGAACCAAUUCACUUUUUGCAAAUGACGCAGCUCUGAUGCUUGAACAAUGUUUAGAUGAACUGUCUGCCCUCUGCUAGAACUGAGUGCAUACACCAACUUCAGAGGCUAUGCGCUUUGUAAUCUUUAUACAUGAUCUUUGUUAGGAAGUUGAGUUUGUGCUUAGAGAGAUUGAAAGGCUAUGAAUAGAAGGGGAGGUGUUAUUGAAGAUUUUUUUUAGAAAUAUAUUACUGUUGAUAAUGAAGAAGAUUAGUACGUAGUAAAUCUUAUAUCUACUAGUGUAUGUUGAUGAUAUUAUCUUAAUCAGUAACAUCGUAGAUUGUUAAGCACAUUUUGCUAUAUUUUCUUAAAUUCCCGUCCAUGCAUUCUUUAAUGCUGAUUGGGCUAGAAAUAAAGAUUAUUAGUUUUCCACCAA